AUUUUGUUUCUGUAAGGGACCGGGAGGAGCCACCGGAUAACGAGCCAGCCAUAUACGGAACAUCAGUGAGACACCCAUCUCACUCUCGCUCACACCAGAUAAUCCAUCAUGAAUUUCUUCUUCACCAUUGAGAUUUCAAAACCUGCUUCCUAAUUCUCGCUUCAAUCCCAAAUGACAAGUUUCAUCAGAUUCUCUACCUUGAACAUACUACACGACAGUUUCUGCAACAAACCCACCAAAUUUAAUCCUCUUCCGGCUCCGAAGGUCGCUUCCUGGGAUCGAAAUGGGUUCCGUUUGAGGGUUUAUGGAAGGAGAUUGUCGUUUCUGGAUGUGUGUCGGGGUAACGUACGGGUUUUUGGAAAACAUGGAGGGUCUAAGGGAAAGAGAGGGCUAAUUGUAGCAAGGUUUAAUCAGGGUUUUGGGUUUAACGGUGGCGGCGGCGGCGGUGGAGGCGGAGACGAUGGAGCAACUGCGAGGCUUCUGGGUAAUAUUGCUUUGGCUGUUGGGUUAACCUACCUUUCGGUAACAGGGCAGCUUGGCUGGGUUUUGGAUGCGAUUGUUUCCAUUUGGCUUGUUGCAGUUCUUGUACCAAUUGUUGGAGUGGCCGCUUUUAUAUGGUGGGCAGGACGAGAUAUAGUUCAAAGCACUUGCCCUAAUUGUGGAAACGAAUUUCAAAUUUUCAAAUCAACACUGAAUGAAGAGCUGCAACUAUGCCCUUUUUGUAGCCAACCUUUCUCUGUGGUGGAUGACAAGUUUGUGAGGGACUCCGUUAAGUUCUCCAACAAAACUUCCUCCACCUUUGGACAAGCUUUCGGUGACUUUACUUCUCCCCAAAAAGGUAAAAUUCUUGCUGGACCAUGUCUCGCCCGACAUGAAAUAUUUAACGUGCUCGAAACCGAACCACCUCUUGUUGUUGAUCGUAGGGAAGGAAACUUCUGGUGCAGUGGUUGACAUAGAAGCAGAAGUAAAAGAUGUGGACUGAAGUCGUGUUGGUAAGUGAUUGAUUUAGUUGUCAGGCUGUAGUCUUAACUCUUAAGAUACUUGAAGCAUUCAAAUAGCACGCUUAUUCUUAAGAAGUGCUUGUGAACCAUGGAUUACAGAAAACAUUCUUCAGAAGUACAUCAAAUUUAGGGAAAAAAGUCGGUUCAAUUGGGUUUGCCAGAUUGAAUUAAGUUUUGACACUGGAAAUAUUUGUAUACUUGUAACAUGUUCUUCAUGGCCAGAAAUUUCCAAUUCUGAAACACCUGUAGGAAUUUGUGAAAUGGUUUCACUUUGUAUAUUGAUUUUGAUACAAUAAGUCUAAAGUACAA